UCGGACAGUUGACAGAAGCAACUGUGUACUGUUCUGCUGUUCAUUGACGACAAAAGGCAAGAGUCCUGCCUCCGUCGACACCUCCACCAAUCCCAGUGUGUGGAGCAGGCGAGCCUUCAGCAGCCUUCCCCAAAUCUACUCUUAAAGCCCACAAGACAUGAUCGUGUGACAGCAGCGUAAUAGCUAGCCUACUAUAGAGGAGAGCAUGAUCUGCCAUGAGACCCUUCAUGUCUCAAGGGCACAUUUAACGGCUAAUGAAGCAUUCUGCAGCGAAGAGAAACGGAUCGUACUAGAACUUUAAACGGCAAGGAUUAAUCCGAGUUUUUUUUUAGAGAGGUAAACAGAGAAAGACCUGCAUCAUUCAUAACAGGGAACUGUACAAGUGGCCGCCGUGCUAGGGACAGGCUGUAGCCAGGAAUGGUGGAUCACUUGCUGCUUGAUGCAGAGACUUUCUUUCCUUACACUUGUUUGCUGCCAGCCCACAACCCAUCGGAUAUGGUGACAGACGAGGGGGUGUACCAUAUGCUUCCAUCUCCAUUCUCAGAGGAUAACCUGAGUGACUCAUCUAGUCCACGUUCCUGUUCCAGCCCUGAGUCUCAGGUGUUGGGCUCUAGUUGUGGGAGUAACUCAAGUGGAGAAAGCCAAGAUGGCCUUCUUGACUUCCUUCACUCUCAGUCCCUAACUUUGAGCCAAAACUUGUCCUCUUCUACCAUUUUAUCUCCCAUGGUCCCCCCUGUCCUUCCCAUGGGUCUGGCUUGGGAGUCACGACGGGACCGCACCACCAAAGAGGAGUGCUUCGAGUUCCCUGUUUUCCCUGGAGAUUUGGAGGACCAUGCUGGGCUACUGUUUCAGCCCACUCUGGAGGAGAUCGAAGAGUUCCUAGAGGAGAACAUGGAAGUGGUGGCCUUGAAGGAGGAAGCCGGUGAGGGUCUAGUGACCUGUACAAGCAUCCAAGGAGCUAUAUCAGAACCUUGGGCCCAAAGCUUAGACCAAACAGUGCCUGUUUCAAGUGACAUAGUCAACGCCAUUUCUGACCCAAAAAGUGUGCAAUCCACAGUCGGGGCCUCCACAAAUCCUCAAAGCUCGCUGAAAAAGGAGGACUCUUCAGGGAAGGUUGUGGUGGUGGAGAAUCCUAGCAUGCCUGUGAUCCUACAGCUUCAGCCCAUUCAAGUAAAACAGGAAUUGAGCCCUAAAACAGCCCCCUCGCCACCAACACCACAACCUGCCUCGGACAUCAAAAUAACCCAGCUCCUUGUAAACAUCCAGGGUCAAACCUUCGCCCUGGUACCUCAGGUGAUCCCUCAAGCCAGCCUUAACAGCUCUUCCUCCAAGUUUGUCCGUAUUGCCCCGGUUCCCAUUGCCGCUAAGCCCUUAGGUCUCGGGGAGAACGGAACAGGUGACGGCCAGGAAGCAGGGCUUGUAGUUGGGGGUCACAAAUUCCAAAAGAGCUCAGUAGCUGAUCUUAUUAAAAUGCACAAGUGUACUUUCCCUGGCUGUGCCAAGAUGUACACCAAGAGCAGCCACCUGAAGGCCCACCUGAGGAGACACACAGGCGAGAAACCUUUUGCCUGCACUUGGCCUGGCUGUGGCUGGAGAUUCUCCCGGUCGGACGAGCUGUCACGGCAUCGUCGGUCUCACUCUGGAGUUAAGCCCUACCAGUGCCCUGUCUGCGAGAAGAAAUUUGCCCGCAGCGAUCACCUGUCCAAACAUAUCAAAGUCCAUCGCUUUCCACGAAGCAGCAGGACAGCGCGCACUGCACACUGACCCCACACAGGCCCCCUCCAUGGAGAGAGAUAGAGAUAGAAAGAACGGACGAACAAAACAAAGAGAGAGAGAAGGACAGAAUAAUUUGUGGUACUGUGAUAAUUUAUUACGUGAGGCUUGGAUGAACUGAAGAAGAGUUUGUUCUGAAACUGUUACUUGACUUGUCGGCCUCACAGAUGUUGUAAGCUUCGUAGAUUGUAUUUUUGUAGUGUUCAUGAUUGUUUUCUAUGUUCCGAGAACAAAUUUUUUUGCAACAUGUAACAUUCAAAGUAUUUUUUUGUUGUACUUUGAGGUAUGAAUUGUUGAUGCAUCUGCCAGUCAUCAACAUUCCUUGCUCAAUAUCACGAUAAAGUCGCUUCUUUUUGCCAACGUAACGCGUUUAGCUCCUCUAAACCAAAAAAAAAAAAACUCGGGUUCAUUUGAACUACUGAUCAUUGGUAGGACUGUGCCAUUAUAAGCUAUUGGCAAACAUGGAGGCUUUUCCUCUUGACUUUCAGUUGUAUGCUAGUAAACUGUGAAACGCCUCUUGGACAGACCAUGGAGCGAAUCAACGGAAGUCAAAACACGCACAUUUGUCAUAUGUGAAUUGGCCUCAUGAUCAGUAUUGAAAUUUUUCCCCUUAUGUUGUCAAUACAAAACCUUUCUUCUUUUCAUUUUUGUCAUUUUAUUGGUUGCUUUCAUCAUAAAAAAAACAACAA